AUUACUGCUUUGGUGGGAGUAAGAAACUUACUUCAUACUCAUUUCAUCACAUGUGAUUAGCAUUGCACUACAGUAUAUAUACUCAAGAAAUUGUCCUAAUUUUACUUUGAUCAGAAAGACAAUUUUGAAAUGCUACUCAUGGCAGUAAUAUUAACUGCCCUUUUAACAAGGGAAGAUGAGCCUGUUUGCAGUUUGCGAGGCAGACCAGAAUUGCCUCAGUUUUCAAAGGAUGGAGACAUUACAAUUGGAGGAAUCUUUCAAUUACACUACAACCUUGUAGAUGCCAAACCUGCCUUUAACGGAGAGCCUGAACCACUAAAAUGCAAAAAUUUAAAUUUCAGAGAAUUCAAAUUUGCUCAAACUCUGAUCUUUGCCACAGAAGAAAUAAACAACAGGACAGAUAUACUCCCUGGUAUAUCACUGGGUUAUAAGAUAUACGAUGAUUGUAGUUCCAUACGUUUGGCUGUAAGGGCAGGGAUGGCUUUAGUGAAUGAACAAGAAGAAAAUAUGUACUCUAACCAGUCCUGUACCAAGCCAUCUACUGUCCAUGCUAUAAUAGGACCAGCUAGUUCUUCACCAACUAUAGGAAUAACGACAACAAUAAGAGCUUUUAACAUACCAGUGAUUAGUCACUUUGCAACAUGUGAAUGUCUGAGUAACAGGAAUAAGUACCCUUCGUUUUUCAGAACCAUACCAAGUGAUUAUUAUCAAAGCAGAGCCCUGGCACAGCUUGUGAAGCAUUUUGGAUGGACUUGGAUUGGGGCAAUUAGAAAUGACGAUGACUAUGGCAACACAGGAAUGGCUACAUUUGUGAAAGCAGCCCAAGAAGAGGGGGUUUGCAUUGAAUAUUCAGAGACUAUUUACAGAACGUAUCCAAGAGAAAAACUAAUUAAAACUGUAGAUGUUAUAAAAAAGUCAUCUUCAAAGGUUAUCGUAGCUUUCACUUCUUACAUAGAUCUUGAAGUUCUGCUUAAAGAAAUGUUGCUUCAGAAUGUUACUGGUUUUCAGUGGAUAGGCACUGAAUCUUGGAUUUCUGACAAAAACUUUGAAGUAGGAGAAAGUUUCAGAGUUCUGGGUGGUGCACUGGGUUUCGCAGUCACUAAUGCAGUAAUUACAGGUUUGGAGGAGUUUUUACUGAAUGUCCGUCCAUCUGACACACCUGGUAAUUCAGGUUUAAAAGAUUUUUGGGAAACUAUUUUCAGUUGCACCCUGACUACCCAAGACAAGACUGCAUCGGUUAAUCCAUGUACAGGGUCUGAGAAUUUAGCAGAGGUAAAGAAUCAGUACACCGAUGUAACUGAUCUAGCAAAUGCCAAUGAUGUCUAUAAAGCUGUGUAUGCUGUAGCCCAUUCACUACACAAUCUGCUUACAUGCAAAAGUGACCAGGGACCUUUUGCGGGUAAGACAUGUGCAAAUAAGAAGAAGAUUGAACCAUGGCAGGUAGUGCAUUAUCUGAAAACAGUUAAUUUCACUACCAAGAAUGGUGUGAAUGUUUAUUUUGAUGAGAAUGGGGAUCCAACUGCAAGAUAUGCAUUAGUUAACUGGCAACUCAAUAAGGAAAACAUCACACAAUUUGUUACAGUUGGUCUCUAUGAUGCAUCUUUACCGGAAGAACAACAGUUUAUUAUGAAUAACGUCAGUAUUGUUUGGGCAGGUGGUCAGGAUAAGGCGCCUAAAUCAGUGUGCAGUGAGAGCUGUCCUCCAGGCACUCGGAAGGCUGUUCAGAAAGGAAAGCCUGUUUGUUGCUUUGACUGCAUAGCAUGUGCUGAUGGAGAAAUCAGCAAUCAGACAGAUGCUAUUGAUUGUAUGAAGUGUCCUUUGGAAUACAGGUCGAAUAACCAAAGAAACCAGUGCAUCUUAAAAGCCAUUGAAUUCCUGUCAUUUGGAGAAAUCAUGGGGAUGUUGCUGAUGAUCCUUUCAUUGAUUGGGGCUUGUUUAACCACUGCUAUAGCUACUGUUUUCUUUCGAUUCAGAGAUACCCCCAUUGUAAGAGCGAAUAACUCUGAACUCAGUUUCCUUCUUUUGUUUUCAUUAGCUCUGUGUUUCCUUUGUUCACUUACUUUCAUUGGCCAGCCCUCUGAGUGGUCCUGUAUGUUGCGCCACACUGCCUUUGGGAUCGCAUUUGUCCUGUGCAUCUCUUGUGUUCUGGGGAAAACAAUAGUCGUGUUAAUGGCGUUUAGAGCUACACUUCCUGGUAAUAAUAUGAUGAAAUGGUUUGGGCCCGUCCAGCAGCGGCUAACUCUUUUUGCAUUCACAUUCAUUCAGGCCUUAAUUUGCACUCUUUGGUUAAUAAUAUCCCCUCCUUUUCCAAGCAAAAACAUGAACUCUUUUAAAGACAGAAUCAUUCUAGAAUGCGACCUGGGAUCUGCUGCAGCAUUUUAUGCUGUGUUAGGGUAUAUUGGGUUUCUUGCUGCCAUGUGCUUUGUGCUCGCUUUUCUGGCUCGUAACCUACCAGAUAACUUUAAUGAAGCUAAAUACAUUACAUUUAGCAUGCUCAUAUUCUGUGCUGUUUGGAUCACUUUCAUCCCAGCUUACAUCAGUUCACCUGGGAAGUACACAGUUGCUGUAGAAAUAUUUGCAAUUUUAGCUUCCAGCUUUGGUCUGCUCUUCUGUAUUUUUGCUCCUAAAUGUUAUAUUAUAUUAUUUAAGCCUGAGAAGAAUACAAAAAAACAUUUGAUGGGAAAAGGGCCCUCAAAGUCACUUUGAAAAAAAAUAAUAACAAUUUUCUAAAUAUGAAAACAUGGUAUAAAAACACAUUCAGUCAAAAAACACCUUUUUUAAAGACAGCUUCAAAGUUGCUCUCAUACAGUGUGCUUGAAGAUUCACUUUUAAAAAACAAUAACAUUAUAUAUAAAUGAAAUAGAAAAUGAGAAUUACAUUAUACCAUGUUAGUCAGUCAUGUAUACAUUUUUUCUAGGUACAGUAUUAGAUUUCAUAAUAGCCUGUAAGCCAGCACACUGUAUUAUCCAGCAGAAUUUUCUGUUCCCAGGUUAGACAGAUUUUACUGUACACUAUUGGAUGCUAGAAAUUCUGUAAUACGUUUUACAAAUGCUCUCUUGUUAAGUGAAUGGUUUGAGGGCUUCAUAUUUAGCUGAGAUAUUAAUUGUUAGUGUUUACAGCUCUCUUUAAAUGUUUAUUUCAAUAUUGGAAUGUUUCAGGCCACUGAAUAGCCUCUCAAAAUGUGUAAUUGAUUAAUUGUAGUCUGUGUUUACUGUUUUUCCUAAGCACAAUUAAAAAGAUUUACUAUUUUACAUUACACCACCUCCUAGAUAUAUCACUGGUGAUAGGCUUCAAUAGAACUUCUCUAUAAUGUACUGAACGUCUCAACACUGUACAGCUAUGGCCAAAAGUUUAACAUCACCUAGAAUUCUAAGAUUGAGACAUCAUUUAAAAAAAUAAAUAUGUAAACAUAAUUUAGAUCUUUUCUUUACAUCAUGUAAUAAAAUAAACUGCAAAAUUAUAUUGCAAAAGUCUACCGAAAUCCAUAAUAGCUGUACAGUAUUUCAUGUUAGAAUUUGAAAUGUGAUAUGUUUACAUUUUUUGUCAGUUUUUCAUUAAGUAUAUGGAAAACUACAAAGCGGUAUCUAAUAAAAUAUGUGAACAUCAUUCAGCAGGUAUAAUUUGACUUUAUGAAGCAAACUUAGUUCAUGCUAUAAGGGGAUGGAAAAAUUUUGGCCAUAGCUGUAUAUUGACACACACUAUAGCAUUUAUGUUUAGUCUGCAUUUACUUAACGCAUUUAUGGUUGUAGUAGGUCAAAUGGUACAUUUCAAACAGGACAGUAGUUAGGCUACUAAACACAAUAGUGUAUGCACCUGUGAAAUACAGGACUAUAUUACAAAAUAAUGUACUAUAAAAAUACAUAUUAAUAAUUAAGAUAAUCAGGAAUAAUAGAGUAAAUUUGAAAGUCUGUUUAAAACUGUAUAUGGAAUGUGCCAUAUGUUUCUAAUUAUCCUCUAUAAAUAGA